AUGCGCAGAACUGAAUUUCUACAUAAAAUUAAGUCGCUAUUUGCCAGCGAGGCCAGCCUUCACGACACUUUCUGUGCCUUAUUCUGUUUUGACCUUUUGCUUGUCCAGUGUGAUAUCAUGCCUGCAGUUUAUAAUAUUGCUAGUUUUGUCAAAACAGUCCCCAAAAAUGCCGUCUAUAGUAUUCGUAUCUUCCCAAAUACUGUUAUUGAUUCGAAAUGGAGUUUGGAUGAUCCUGCACACAGCGAUAAUUGCAACGAUGAAUAAACCAAAAAAAAAUAAAAAUCGAGCGAUUACCAAGUACAGUAAUCCGCUCUUAUAGCAGUAACUCCC